AUGUCUGGAAACAGCACUAAACCGACUCUUGCAGCCGAUGCUGUGCUCAAGCAGUCUGUUGAUAUGCCUGCUGGCUCUGUCAAGGUAUCUGGUAUUGACUUUGACGAGGCCAAGAACACCAAUAUUGGUGCCAAGGAGCUGAUAGAUGGCAUGAAACACAUGGGAUUCCAAGCCAGCUCACUCGGACAAGCUUGUGAUAUCAUUAACGAGAUGCGUGCUUGGAGAGGAAAAGAUGAGGAGACAGGUGAGGAACAGAAGUGUACUAUCUUCCUUGGCUUCACCUCCAACAUGAUCUCGUCUGGAAUGAGAAGCACUCUCAAAUACCUGGUCAAGAAUAAGCUUGUUUCUGCCGUUGUCACUACUGCCGGUGGUAUUGAAGAGGAUUUGAUCAAGUGUUUGGCUGACACUUACCUCGGCGAGUUCAGUCUCAAGGGAUCGAAGCUGCGUGACCAGGGUCUCAACCGUAUUGGCAACCUGCUUGUACCCAAUGACAACUACUGUCGAUUUGAAGAAUGGAUUGUGCCCAUUUUGGACAAGAUGCUCGAAGAGCAAGAAGAGAACUUUAAAAAGUUCUCUGACAAGGUCGCCGAUUCUGGCGAGGUACCCUGGUGGACUCCAUCUAAAGUCAUUGACCGACUUGGUAAAGAGAUCAAUGACGAAGAGUCGGUUCUUUACUGGUGUCACAAGAACCAGAUCCCCGUGUUCUGUCCUGCUCUUACUGACGGUUCAUUAGGAGACAUGUUAUUCUUCCACACGUUCAAGGCCUCACCCAACCAACUCCGAAUCGACCUUGUAUCCGACAUCCGACGCAUCAACUCGCUCGCCAUGGCAGCUCCUCAAGCCGGCAUGAUCAUUCUCGGUGGAGGUGUCAUCAAACACCACAUCGCCAACGCCUGUCUCAUGAGAAACGGAGCUGACUACGCCGUCUACAUCAACACCGGCCAGGAAUUCGACGGCAGCGAUGCCGGUGCCCGUCCCGACGAGGCCAUCUCCUGGGGUAAAAUCAAGGCCGACGCCAAGCACGUCAAAGUCUACGCCGACGCUACCCUCGUGUUCCCUCUCGUUGUCGGCGCCACCUUUGCCAGCGGCGACAAUCUCUAG